UGUUCGCGAGUCUUCGUGACAGUCAAUUCACAUUCAUUUAUUUCUCUCCCCAUAAUUCAUCGACAAAAUCAAUGUUAAAUUCCGAAAAAAUUCUUGACGUUUUCGUUUUCUCUUAUAUUACUGUUAUUCGAAACUUUGACGAGAAACGAGAUUCCUCUUCGAUGAAACACGUUGUAGCUUCUUGGAUUCAGAUAAACCAUCCUUACCAAACUCGUGCGUGUUAUCAGGAACGAAAAAACUGUUAAAAUAAUGAAAAAUAAUCGUGUUUACGUGUCCUCGACGAUAAAUCAACGUCCUGGCUGACGCAUCGUGUUUCAAAAUUGGAAAAAUGGUGGACUAUUUCCAGUUGAUUAUAUUCUCUCACGGAUCAAAAAAAGUGUCAAUAAAAUCAUGAAAAUUGCUUCAGGAAUUCUUUUUCGUCAUGAAAAUCGUGCUAUUUAUCUGACUGAUGGCGGAGCACGCAGUUUUCCACUUCACCGACGAAAUUCAAUAUUUCGAUCGAUAUUCCGAACUUUUAAUUAAUAAUCAAAUAAUGGUGCUCUCCACUCAUUGCGGCCAAAAGUGACGAGUUCAAAAGUCUAGAUGGCACGACUGUGCGGCGAAACGACCGCCGCGUUGACAUUCGACGCUUGUUAUCAUCACGUGUGUCAGCUCUUUCUUAUCGUACACAAAUGAGCAACGUUCACUGUCGCUUUUAAUCAAUAAGAUUGAUUUUUAAUCAUUCCAAGCUAGCUCCCAAGAUAGCGAGUCUUCGGCCCAUUGUUUGAAAGACGUUUAACAGAUGAGCAGUGCGAAUCAAAAUAUCCGACAAAAAAUAUUCAACGUCAAACGUUCUCUAUUCAGUGUAUUAAUAAGUUAGAGUCACGAAAUGAACGUCGAAAUUCGUGAAGCAAGGAAAGAGGAUUGCAAAGCAAUUCACGAAUUAAUUCAAGAAUUGGCAGUAUUCGAGAAAAUGCCAAACGGACCAAAAACUGACUACAAAGACCUGGAAAGAGACGGUUUCGAGACCGAUCCACCGCUCUUCAAGGCCUUUGUUGUCGUUCACAAUGCCAAGAUAAUCGGACAUGCUCUCUAUUAUUAUACUUACUGCUCUUGGGAAGGGAAAUCAAUGUUUCUUGACGAAUUUUACAUCAGCCCUAAUUAUCGCAACAAAGGAAUCGGAGAUAAAGUUUUCAAAACAAUUGCCAAGAAAGCAAUUGAAGAUGAAUGUAAAAGGUUGGAAUUCUCGGUUUUGGGCUGGAAUCCCGCGAAGGAGUUUUACCUGCGGAGAGAAGCCGUCGAUAUCACGGAGUCCGAGGGGUGGCAUCAUUUCCGUAUUUCUAGUGACGCGUUGAAAAAAAUUUCAGGCAAAAGCGUAGGAAAGUAUCACAAAAUGAACGUCGAAAUUCGUGAAGCAAGGAAAGAGGAUUGCAAAGCAAUUUACGAAUUAAUUCAAGAAUUGGCAGUAUUCGAGAAAAUGCCAAACGGACCAAAAACUGAUCACAAAGACCUGGAGAGAGACGGUUUCGAGACCGAUCCACCGCUCUUUAAGGCCUUUGUUGUUGUUGACAAUGCCAAGAUAAUCGGACAUGCUCUCUAUUAUUAUACUUACUCCUCUUGGGAAGGGAAAUCUAUGUUUCUCGACGACUUUUACAUCAGCCCUAAUUAUCGCAACGAGGGAAUCGGAGAUAAAGUUUUCGAAGCUGUUGCUAAGCUUCAAACCAGAAAUUCCUCAUUAUUUCCUUUAUUUUCAAAUAAACAAUUUUUAAUAUUUUGGCAAAAGUCCUGUGGCUCUUCAGAUUUUUAUGGGAAAAGGGCAUUCGACGUUGACGAAGAGAAACGACAGAAAAUCAUCCAGAACAGAUGGGGCGGCUAUGGCCUCCAUUUUCGUUUGUGGGACGAGAAAUACGCGCCGGUCACAAAGAUUCGUGAACGCGAAGAAUUGGUGUUAGACAACUCGGAAUACUGUGGGAUUUUAUCCGAUCGUAUGAUCGGUGCCUGCUCAUCGUUUUUGACCUUGAAUCCCGAAAACGGGCGAUACGUUUUGAGCAAAUGCGAUCUCAAUAACUUGAAACUCAAAGACGUUUCGAUACUUCGUUAUCAUCGUUACAUCCAGUACCUCGAUUUAUCGCACAACAUUUUGACGGACCUGAGAUCCCUCAGCGGAGUUCCGUAUCUUGUUUACCUGAACGCUUCGCACAAUCGGAUAAAAGAUCUCUUGAAUUUCGCCUCUCCCUGGUUCCUGACCUACGUCAAUUUGUCUCACAACGAAAUCACUCUUAUGAAGGAUUUGACGCAGUUUUGGAGCAUCGUCAGACUCGAUUUGUCGCACAAUGCCAUCGAAACGAUAACCGGAUUGAAAAAUUUGAGAUAUCUGAAGUACCUGAAUCUGUCGUACAAUUUAAUCGAGACCGUCUCGAAUCUCGAUGAUUUGUUGAGCAUCCAAGAAUUGAAUUUGGAAUACAAUUAUAUAACGUCAUUCAAAUCAGCGGAUCCUGAUUCGGGUAUAAACACAUUGGCCAAUCUUCGUACUUUGAUUAUGGGACACAACAGGCUCAGCACUCUUGAAUUUUUUCGAGAUGCGUACGGGCUUCGGUUGAUCGAUUUGAGGUACAAUAAAAUAGCGGACCUUCUGGAAGUCUCAAACCUCAAGAGUCGUGUUUACGAAGUCGAUUUGCGUGGCAAUCCUUGCACACAAUGGCCCAACUACAAAGACGUAUUAUUAUUUUCGAUGCCGAGUGUAAAGUAUCUCGACGGUUCCGAAAUAACAGUUUCCGAAAAGGUUUCGUCGGCCACUCUCUUCGAUCCUCCGAUCGAACUCCUCGCAGCGAGGAGCAUCUCGAAAUUACUGUUAUUGGAGCAAUUGAGCAUCCCAAAAAUCGAUGCCAGCAUCACGCCCUACGAUCUCACGAGCCCACCUCUCGUCAUUUUGAGCGGUCCAUCCGCUGUUAAAAAAGUCACUCUUGGGAUCAGGGUCGCCAAAAAAUUGGGGCAGUGGGUCAGAUACUGUCGCAGUCACACGACGAGAGAAGUGACGGAAGAAGAGGACGAAUCGGAAGCUUAUUACUUCGUUUCGAGAGAAGAAUUCAACGGAAUGCUGAGGCGAGGGGAGUUUUUGUCGAUUCAAGAACUGCUGGGAAACAGCUACGGAUUUCAUUGGAGUGAAAUCGCUGCGAUGAGAAGAGAGAAUAAAGUCGGAAUAACGCAAAUGGACCUUAACGCGACGAUGCAGAUGAUGCACAAUUACGAGAACGUCAAAGCGAUUCUGGUGAUGACGAAAUGCGAGCAAAUUCACAGGGAAUGGAUCAGCGAAAAGUUCCACAUUUUCACGUGGAUCAAAGACAGCGUCGAGAAUCUUUUAGCCCUGAAAAUUGGUCGCAACAUCGUCACCGAAAGCCCCGAAACGUCGAGCAGCAGAAUUGGUUUUAUUUCUGGCAUCAUCGACGACGUCCUCGAGACCCUCGAACUGCCCGAAUACAGCAUGUUCGUGAGGCCACAAAGCACCGGCGAAACAAACACGGAUUUGAUCGAACACAGCAAAACUUAUUUACCAAAAACUAUCAUAACUCAGAGCCAGUUGGAAAUGGAGGAAAAGAAAAAACACAUUACCUUCAAAUCGGAAAGCGACGUGAAAACCAAAUCCGCCGAACUAGUCGUGGAAGAGAGUCUACCAAAAGCCUCGGAUCUUCGAGUAAUUUUCAUUUUUCGUGUCAGACCGAAAAAUUUCCGAAGUUUUUCGAUUUCAGUCACAAAGUUUGAUCAAUUUUUGCUUCUGGGUUUCUUAUGCUUAAAAAAAAUUUUUUUAAUUAAAAUUUGUGUAAAAUUCAAACUCGGGCAGGUGAUUUUGGACGAAUAUUCGAACAUCAUUGUUGACGACAAAGAAUCGAAGCUCAAAAGGAAAAAAGCUCGAGCUCUCUACAUGCGGAGCGUCCAGAAGCUGCGCAGCGAAGGCAUUCACGAAAUCGAGGACGAGGACGAGCCUGACGAGUCUCUAUCGAGUGGCCAAUCCGUCCAGCUGUUUUCCACGAGACGAGCAAUCGAUCCGGAGAAUCUGAAAAAUACGUACAUCGAGAUGACCUUGAAAUCUAGAAACAUUUACGUCAAAAAACAUCAAAAAAUGCCCGGAUUUUUCUGCCACGUGAUAUUCACUGACGUGUUUGACGUCGCGGAAAAACGACUGAUCGAGAUUAUCCACGGAAUCCACUCGAACGAAUUGCUCCAAAAACCGACCCCGAUACCGGAAAUCGAAUACCUUGAAAAACACGUUGUUCCAAAGAAAGUGCAAACUAUCGUAAAAGAAUUGCGGGAAAGUUUAUCAACUUCGAAAAUUCAGAGGAAAACUCUUUUGAGAACGCAUGGUCUGACGUCGUGGAAGGAAGCAAUGCCGAGUCAAAUGUCCCAAGAUCCGAAAGAGUUGGUGCAGUCUUCGAUAGAAUGAUGCAAAAAAAAAAUAAACCAAUUUGAAUGAGAAUCGAAGUGGAAAACUCGUUGAAUAAAAUUGUUUUGAAUAAAUUUUUAUUAAAAACAGUA